AUGGACAAUCAAAACACGAAGACUAUUGAGGGAGGGAGAAUGGCAAUGCAAGAGGAGAAAGGAAGAGAAGGAGAAAUUGAAAUAAUUGAAAUGCAAAAGGAGAAAACACAUUUGGACGGGAAAAACAGGAAAUGUAUAGCUGUAUCACAGCUGCCAAGCUGGCUAUAUGAAGGAUCGAUACGGAGAACGCAUAUCGAACGCAUGAAGCGAGAGUGGACAGAUGGGGGCCAGCUGCAAGGGAUAAAAAUACCCACCAUAAGCCGCCAAAAGGAGAGUGGUUCCAUUUUGGAAAAUGAAGUGAAGACUCUCAAAGUUCUGGAUGCUGACGAUGCAUUCCCUGAGAGUAGCGUUAAGGAGGUGAGGUUGAAGAAGUUUGAGCCCAAGGAGCAAAGAAGAUGGGAGGUUGUUGCAGAUGCGGCUUAGCGCAGGCCGCUGGGGCUGACAUCGUCGAACAAAAACUGCCGCACUUCGGUAUCGAGCCGGGUUUCUUCAAACAACCAUCGCUUGGGCUGUGGGCUCUGCAUUAAUUCCUGCUGUUCUCCUUACUUGUCCUGUUGUGUUGUUGUUUUGUUCAUUUUGUUCCAUUUCGCAGGUCCUGAUAUUCGCCCAGCCGUUGGCGACAGCGAGCGGAGCCCUUCUCAUGAAAUGUAUCCGCCACACCACACCAUGGGCUUGCUACCUAGGAAGAUGAAUUCGAGUUAUCGAUUUGUUUGACGUUGUGGCGAUUCUCAUUAUGUGGCGCAUUCAUUGUGGAGACACUGAAGAGCAGCAGUGAGAGAAGCAGUUGCAGCAUCAGCGACUUUUUCACAUUAGUUUGUCCCUUUUGGCACCUCAUAGAAGCCUUGAAUAAUUUAUCUCUUCCGUACUAGACUCGCUAAAUAACUCUCCCCCCCCCCCCCCCGGGGGCGGAUUUCUCUAAUCUGUACAUCUUGUUUUGCAUUGGCAUGGAUGAGCCGGCAGCUGUGAACGGAUUUCGACAUGUUGUUUCGACUGACGGUAGUACCUGAUCAUUUGUGCCGUGCCAUGUGUACCAAACUACCACAAUAUCCCUACCGAUGCUUUUCACAUUUUUGUCUCUGGUGCUCCUACGGAGAAUUCUUCCUAGGCCCAAAGGGCGCAGCGGGCGUGACAGCUGUCAUCUUUUAGGGACACGACGGGCGUUGCAGGGGACCCUGUCUGAGAUCAUCACUCUGGAACUGCUUCCAUGACAUUGACUUGGUUCAAUUAUACACUUUUGUCCAUACCCAGCUUCCCUGGACUGGGGGAUAAUCUAGCCAAAUAUUUCGCAAUUUCGCGCCAGGUGGCUCCGUGAGAUCAACUUUUCAGAAAAGAGAUCCUGUUGAAUUCUGAAACUCAUCAUCAAACCCAUAUACUAGUUCAACGCUCUUUCGACAUCCUCUGUGAACAGCCUUUUCUUUUUCAUCGCGUUCUUGUUCCUUCCUCUGAAUUGCUCAGACAAACAAAUGAAUGUUUCGAUUUAACUGCCAAAGACAAGUCAUUGGGCGGGGCCAUGAGAUGAUGAGUUAAUAAUUCAAACUCCCUGUCUUGGGCGCUAGAAAUUGAAAGUUUACAAAAUGUUUGAUAUUAAGGUCACUUGCUUGAGUGAGUUAUAUUCUGCUUCAAGUACUUCCAGGAAUCCUUGAGUGGAGAGAAGCAAGAGACUCAGUGCCAGUUCAACAUUAAUAACAACCCCAAGGCACAAUAAUGGGUGAUGAGUUAUCAAUGGACGGCGGUUGAAUAGCGACUGAAUACAAAUGUACUGUCCCCGUCUAAGGUCUCGUAAACGAAUAUUUACCUACAGAAAAUUAGGCGGAAACGGCGGGCCUUGACCGCCCGGUGGGAAAGAUUAAGGGACCGGAGCAGAGCCUUUUCUGGCCCCGUAGUGCUCUUUCCCGCUACGUGCCACCAGCCCCUUUUUUCUAAUUCAAACACGGCUGAUGAUGUUGAGAGAAACCGUAGCCUACAUCCACCACAGAUAUUCUGCUCCCCCGCCGCAAAAGAUUGCUCUCUACGGCUUCUACAUAGGCCAUCUCAUGCCCGUCUCUUUUCCCAUCACGCGCACCCAGAAACCAAACUCGCAUCCUUCAGUCCGGUUGGUCUAUCCUCUCUUCACAGGGUGGAGGGGAAUUGGUUGUAGGACAUGGACUAUCAUGUCCCUUGCUUUACUUCACUGGUACAGCAGGUGUUUAGGUAGUUUUGCAUGGGGCGUACGACUAGAAUUCUUUUUCUGAUAGAUAUGUACGGUUACGGUUAAUAUAUUUGGGAUAUUUUGAUGAAUUCGCCCGUAGCCAGCCGAACCUUUUUUUUUUUUU